GAGUAACAACACGAGCAGGGUGCGAACCGCGAAGGGAAGGUAAACGAGAAUCCUUCUGGCGCAUGCCAUAUUUGUGUUCUCUGUAAAGAACACGGCGUUUGAAUAAUUCAAACCCCAUUACAGACAGAUUAAUUAUUGAUCAUUUUCCAAAAUACAAGGCUAUUCUCAGUCGCGGAGGUACCGAAAGAAACGGAUUUCUGAGGGCUGAAUAAGAGAGUCGUGAGCCGGUAGUCAGACCGCAAGAGGGGCAGAAGAAGAAAAGGCGUCUCCGACCGUUUCAGCACCUUGGACAGAGCGCGCAAGCGGGCGGGAAAUAUGGCUCCAAUGGUGGCGGAAGGAACGCAGCAGUUCGCAGAGUUCCCGGUGAGCGUGGCGGUGGUGAGUGUGUUCGGCCUGGUCUUCAGCUUCUCCAUCUUCGCCUGGAUCUGCUGCCAGCGCAAGAAGACCCCCAAGACCCCGCCCUACAAGUUCGUGCACAUGCUCAAAGGCGUCGACAUUUACCCAGAAGGCCUCAGCGCCAACAAGAAAAAGUUCGCCGCCUCCGCAGCAGAGACCAAGUCGGACAGCAACGACCCCAAGAUCGACGUCAACGGCAACUGCAGGCAGGCCUCCAGUCCACCAGGGGGCAGAACUAGUCUCCACCUGGACCUGGAUAAGAGGGACCUGAACGGGAACUUCACCAAGCCCAACCACACCCAAAACCUCAACCAGAACCAGAACCAGAAGGUCCGCAGUUCCCCGGAUCUAGAAGUCCCGUCCCCCCACCCUACCCUCGCCCUUGCCUCCCCCUGUGGAAGCAGCUUCUCCAGCCAGGCCCCCACGCCGGCCCUGGACCGACCCCAGGACGAGGCCUCCGAGGCCGGCCUGGGGACGCUGUCCUUCUCCCUGGACUACCAGGAGGACAAGAAGGCCCUGGUGGUGCACAUCAAGCAGGCCCAUGGCCUGACCCCCACUGACGAGCAGUCGCUGACCUCUGACCCCUACAUCAAGCUGACCCUGCUGCCGGAGAAGAAGCACCGGGUCAAGACCCGCGUGCUCCGCAAGACGCUCGACCCCGCCUUCGACGAGACCUUCAGCUUCUACGGCGUGCCGUUGGCGGGCGUCCCCGGGCUGUCCCUGCACUUCAACGUCCUGAGCUUCGACAGGUUCUCCCGCGACGAGGUCAUCGGGGAGACCCUCGUCCCGUUGGCCGGGAUCGACCUAUCGGAGGGGCGCGUCCUCAUGACCCGGGAGAUUAUCAAGAGGAACGUGAGGAAGGCAGUAGGCAGAGGGGAGCUGCUUCUGUCUCUGUGCUACCAGUCCACCAGCAGCACUCUGACCCUGGUGGUGCUUAAGGCCCGCCAUCUUCCCAAGACUGACAACCACGGACCAACAGACCCCUACGUGAAGGUGAAUCUGUACCAGGGCAAGAAGCGCGUGUGCAAGAAGAAGACCCACGUCAAGAAGUGCUCCCCUAACCCCGUGUUCAACGAGCUGUUUGUGUUCGACGUGCCGUGGGAGGCGGGCCUGAGGGACGCCAGCGUGGAGCUGCUGCUGCUGGACUCGGAGCGGGGAGGGGCUGGGGGGCCGCCCGCCGCCACGCCCGUCCUGGGCCGCCUGCUCCUGGGUUCGGCCGCGCCGGGGACCCCCGGGGAACACUGGAGGGAGAUCAGCGACCACCCCCGACGCCAGAUCGCCAAGUGGCACGCCCUCUCUGACUAGCGCCGCGCGGGGGGGGAGGGAGCGUUUUUUG